AUGAGAGAAAUCGUUCACAUCCAAGCCGGCCAAUGUGGUAAUCAGAUAGGUGCAAAAUUUUGGGAAGUCAUAUCCGACGAGCACGGCAUAGAUCCAAGUGGUACCUACAGAGGAGACAGUGACUUACAGUUAGAAAGAGUUGAUGUGUUUUACAAUGAGGCAACCGGUGGUAGGUACGUUCCCAGAGCCAUUUUAAUGGAUCUGGAACCAGGAACUAUGGACAGUGUGCGAGCAGGACCUUUCGGUCAGUUAUUCAGACCUGACAAUUUUGUAUUUGGACAAACAGGAGCUGGAAAUAAUUGGGCCAAGGGACAUUACACAGAAGGUGCCGAAUUAAUAGAUGCAGUUUUAGACGUAGUUCGAAAGGAAGCAGAAGGAUGUGAUUGUCUACAAGGAUUUCAAAUUACUCAUUCUUUAGGUGGAGGUACAGGUAGUGGUAUGGGAACCUUGCUGAUUAGUAAAAUUAGGGAAGAAUAUCCAGACCGUAUUAUGGAAACCUUUUCAGUUUUCCCCUCGCCAAAAGUAUCAGACACAGUUGUUGAGCCAUACAAUGCAACCCUGUCUGUGCAUCAAUUGGUUGAAAAUGCUGAUGAAGUACAAGUUAUAGAUAAUGAGGCCCUGUAUGAUAUUUGUUUUAGGACAUUGAAACUUACUACUCCAACUUAUGGUGACUUAAAUCACUUAGUUUCUGCUGCCAUGUCAGGAGUUACAUGUUCAUUAAGAUUUCCUGGUCAGUUAAAUUCUGAUUUGAGAAAAUUAGCUGUUAAUUUAAUUCCCUUCCCACGUCUCCACUUCUUUAUGAUUGGAUUUGCACCACUAACAAGCCGAGGCAGUCAGCAAUACAGGGCUCUAACAGUACCAGAGUUAACUCAACAGAUGUUCGAUGCCAAAAAUAUGAUGUGUGCAAGUGACCCAAGACACGGAAGAUACUUAACCGCCUGCGCCAUGUUUAGAGGACGAAUGUCAACUAAGGAGGUAGACGAGCAGAUGCUCAGCGUGCAGAACAAGAACUCCUCCUACUUCGUUGAAUGGAUUCCCCACAACACCAAGUCCAGCGUUUGUGACAUUCCACCAAAGGGAUUGAAAAUGGCAGUAACCUUCGUAGGAAACUCCACGGCCAUCCAGGAAAUGUUCAAGAGAGUGUCAGAUCAAUUUACGGCUAUGUUCAGAAGAAAGGCAUUUUUGCACUGGUACACAGGAGAAGGCAUGGACGAAAUGGAAUUCACAGAAGCAGAGUCCAAUAUGAAUGAUUUGGUUUCCGAGUAUCAGCAAUACCAAGAUGCAACAGCUGAAGAGGAAGGAGAAUUUGAGGAAGAAGAAGGAGACGUCGAAGCUUAG